AUGUCUUGGAACUCAAAAUCUUGGGCUUGGGUCAAGAAAUACUUUUCUAUUAACCCUAAAUCUACUGAUGGUAUGCCUGUUGUUGGCAAGUUCCGUACUCCUGCAGUUGGAUCUCGCCCUGAAAAAUACACUUAUCCUAAGUCUGCUGCUUCCAACAUUAGUAACAACUAUUACUUCCAACGUGAUACUCGUAGAAAUUUCCCCAGAACCGCCAUAUACACUCAACAAGACGUUGCUCUUCUUUUGGAAGGUGCUCCCGUCAAGCCUACUCUUCCUGCUGAAGCUGCUGUUGAUCAAGCUGUCACCACUACUGCUGAAGCCAAGCCUCUUGUUGAAGUCUUGAAGUCUCAAAAGCUCUAUUCUAUCGAAAACCCUGCUCCUGCUCCUCGCUUUGGUGUUCAGCCCAAAUGGAAGGUCUCUGAAGACUUUAUUCCUCCCAAUGAUGGCUCUUACUUCCCCAUGAAGGUCGUCACUUGUUAG